UCUGUGUUGUGAUUCCCGCCUUCACGAACGAAGGAACUCCUAUCUUAAGUCGUGUAAUAAAUACAUCGCACAAUAACUCCGUCGGCACGAAUGUGACAACCUACCUGAGAUCUAUGCGGUAUUUAGACAAAAAUCCUGUUUUUGAAGUGUUAACGUACAGAUAACUAGAACAUUAACAACAAAGUGUGCAAGUCGUAAGAAAGACGACUUUUCUUUUAAUACAUCUUUAACCCUUGCCUAUAAGAUGGCUGUGGUUAAAUCUCCAACAAAGGUUGCAAUGGCAUCACUUAUGAAAAGUGUUUCAGAUCUGAAAAACGAAAAGAACCCUAAAUCCCAUUUAACAAUUUAUGAAACACUGACACAGUUGGGAGCCAAGAGCUCCUUUCUUAAAGAUGAAACAUGCAAUGAUAUCCUUCAUUCUGUUGCCAUACCUGUUACACUUCAGGAUAUCUCAACUGGAAAUGAUAACUUGGUGUUGGCUGCACUAGGUUUUUUGGGAGGUUUGCUGCAAGUAGUUAAAUUGCCCUUGGAAAAGCAGGCAUUAGUCAUUGAAGUGCUAACGAAAAAACUUUGCAAAGUUUCUGAAAAAAACCUAUCAAGAAAGUUAAUGUGGAGCCUUGCCAACCUUCAAUUUGAUGUCCAGCUUCAAGAAUCCCAUUUGAAAAAAAUGCUUCAGGCAGCUUGUUUAUUUCUAGAAGACAAUCCCCCUGUUACAUCAUUGAGCACAGUUUGUGAAUCUUUAAAUGCCCUACGAAACAUAGGCUUGAGAAACGAAGGAUUUUUUUCAAGAAACUUGACUACAGUGCUUUCGGCAGCCCUUCCAUGGCUAUUUAAUGAAGCUGAUCGUAUUCGGGAACUUUCGCUUGCAUGCCUUGAGCCAUUCACAGCCAGCAUAGCAAAAAGAAAACUUCUUGAUUCGUCAUUUCAAACCCUCCUAAGGAACAAGUAUUAUGGUGUUCUGUCGCAACUAGUCUCAGGCGAGUCUGCCGAUAGCCUGAAAAUCUGGAGUUUCCUCAUACAAGCUUUUGGCACUCAGUUACACGAUUCGGUUACAUUACUGAAUGAACUGCUUAAAAUAGAAGAAAGUGCUUUGAAAUGUAAAAACCCAGUAUAUCGACAGUGCGCACUGGAACAUUGGAAGUAUAUAAUCGAUUGCUUCGCACUGAAUCCCGCUGUCCUGAACAACUCCAAGAGAAUAAAACUCGUUUUGGUGCCGUUAAAAUCUACGGAUACCCGCACUGUAGAUUUCUCUAUAACAAAAAUAGAACUUUGGUGGCAUUUGCUGAAUAGACUGGGACCUGACGCUACUCUUCGCUUUCAAGAAGUGACAUUGCCUCUUCUCCACUUCUGCUUUGGCGUUCAGGAUGGAAAACAAACAACUAAAGGAACGGCCUUCGUCUUUACUAACAUUUUACCACUGGCAACUACCGUUUUAGCUGGAAUUCUCUCACUUGAAACCGAAUUCAAAAGUCCGGCAAUUGGUAAUGUGGAACUGCUCCGUUCAUAUCCUUUUCUCAAUUCCGAAGAUUUCUGCGCAAAUGUCGAGAGUUUCAGUCAAUGGGUGCUGCUUACAUUAAACCUGAAACCAAAGACUGAUAACACAGCCGGAGUUUACGGAAAAGCUAUAAAAAGUAUUAUCGAACGGUGUAGCUCCACGGAUCAAAGGGAACAAUUGAAGGUGUUCAUCUUGUCUCUUGUGGAAACAAUCACCUCCAAACCAGUGUUAAUGGAGGUGGUCUUCGACGUGAUUACGGCCGCCUUCAGCUUUUCCCUUCUCACAGAACUUAUGACGGAAAAUAUGGAUGUUCUGUUACAUUGGUUCGUUGAAAAUGAGCCUCUUCCUGCGCACCCAUUUGUUCGUUUUCUCACGCAGUUCUUCGAAGCUGGUAUUAUUUGGAACGUGGCGAAAUUUACAUCAAAAAUCAUGAAUACUCUUGAAAGCUUAUACCGUACACCAGAUGAAGCUUCCAAAUCAGCCUCAACAGAAUUGUGGAUACUGUUCGCUAGGGCUUUAAUUUCCAAAAGCCAUGUCAUUGACUUGCAUAAUGCAAACGUAAAGUCUCUUUUACUUCCUCUUACGUGGCCCCGUAUCCACUCGAAUGAAUGUCUUUUUCAUCCUUGGUCUACACUGUUGUCUACAUGGGCCAAACAAGAUUCUUCUAUCGUAGAAAAAGUGUUAUAUCCGCGAGGCGCAAAUGAGGUUGACGCUGUAGAACCGUGUACUCACAUUGUGCUAUCGGCUCUUCGUUCAGAAUUACCCUUGUAUUUUAAAGAAAUCUCUUCGUGGAUCCAAAGCUGGGCAGAAUCAUGGCUAAAGCUUGCCAAUGUCGAAGAGAAUCGACAAAAAUGUUUGAAUUUGCUCGGAAACUUUCUUUCUAUGUUCGUGGACGAAUUGAAAGUUGAAAAAGAACUUGAUUUAUUCAUGGGAGCAGUAAAAUCAUGCUUUCCAGUAAACACCCUUUCCAAAGAAGUGACGGAAAUUCUUAAUGGAAUAUUUGGUCCUCCAUCCGCUGCAGUAAAGGCCCCGAAUGUUCAGAAAUUGCGCAAACAUAAUAAUAUUUGUAAAAUAUUCGCGCCGUUGAUUCAACGGAAUCUACUGACGAAGAACAAGCAAAAAUCUAAACCAUUGGACGAUUUUGUUGUCAUUCAAACACCAGAAAAGAAAAAACGUGUGUUGACGGAGCACCAAAAAGAGGUGAUGCGUGACAAGAGACGCGCAACUUGUGGCGUACCCGCCAUGUAUAAUGAUUUGUCUCAGAGUAGUCAAACUACCGAUUCCAUGGAUACUCAAUCUGUAAAUGAUACUCCAGUUCCAUCUGUUGUUUCUAACGUGACAAUAGUGAGAGAAGAAGAUGCGUUACUUGAACCUCCAGUCAUUUUACAACAAGCAGAAGUGUUGAAUGAAUUGCCCGGCAAUGAAAACCCAGUUGUUGGUCCGGGAAAUUUAGACCAACCAACUUCUGUCAAUGAAUUCUUUAAGAAAGAUUCAAAAUUGAGAAGCAAGGUCAGUGUCACUAUGUGCAAGUUGCCAUCCCGCCGAUCACUUCGUCGAUCCUUGCCUGCUUCAACUGUUUCGUCCCAAUCUCCAUCAUCAACUGAAGAAUGUCCAGAAGCGUUUCAACGCCCUGGACCUGCGUCAAAAAAACGGGGUUUCAAGAAAAAUGCCACUUUUAGUAAACCUGAAGCCAACCGUCAACAAGAAAAUAGCUUGGAAUCCCCUGUGGAAGAAAGUCACAAUAAAGAAAAUGGUUCGAUUGAUUCUGAAGUGAUGCAAAUUUCAAGUUUCCCGUCAAGCUCCUUAGGAAACGUCCAGACAAUCGAAUCUGCAGAUGACGGGGCUAAACUUUCUCACCCUGUAGUGUCAAGCGUGUCUGAUGAGCCGAAUGAUGCAAAAACUUCAUCGGUUGAUACCUGCUCCGAUGAAGGCACAGCUUCCGAAAUCGAAAAGCCCAGCCAUGUUGAGUGUGUGGCAGAAGAACCCAAAUCUGUUAGUGACGCUCUCGUAAAAGAUUGGAUCGACAGUGACGAAAGUGUGGUAGAGGAUAGCACUGUGUCCGAGAAACAAAAAGAGCUGCCAACUGAGAUAUCCCUUGAUUGUAAGGAGGAAUUGAAAGAAAAUUUCUUAGCCGCUGCCGAAGUUGUGGUCGACCAGACCUCCAAUGUGAACAAAGAUGGUGUAGAAGUUUGUCCAACGGAUUCCAACGAACUUACUUCGCAGAGUACUGGCCAGUUAGUUGAAGAAGUGAUGGUCGUGGAUACGAUGCCUUGUACUCGUAUAACUGAACCAUUGAAAACACCGAUCGAUGUUCCUGUAUUAGAAAAUAAUAACACUGAAGGUCUCAUUGGUUCUGCGCAUCCUGAAACCCUUCAGCAGAAAUUACCUUUAGUUCCAUUAAAGAGCUUGAUAAAGUCGUUCAGUUUGCGAACGAAAAAGGGAACUGUUCCCAAGAGUGUCGGCCCGUCACCAACAACUGGAAAACGAGGUGCCCAUAUUCUGGAGCUCUCCCGCAAAAUUCACAAUGAACCUCCUAGCAAAAAGUCUAAGAAAACGGAUUCUCCUCCGAAAGAAAUAGGAGACUCACCAAUUUGUAACACUUCAAUGGGGGAACUUGUGGUAACUCCUGAAGGAUCUCCUGCUCGAACUGCUCCAUGGCUACCGCGCACGUACUCGCCCUACGCUAGUCCUAGCACGGGCAUACUAAAAAAACGUGCCAUAGUAGAAGAUUCUGAAGAGGUAGGAGAAGGUUCAUAUUCACCCGCAUCCAGCGCAUGCAAAGCUCGUCGUGUUAGCUUUGCUGACCCGGAGGUGUCUCAUAGCGUCAAAAUAUCGCCAAUAAAAAAAAAAUUAUCCAGGGCUCGUACACGUCGAUCACUGAUAACAACCUAUGAUAAUUCAUUGAUUAGCGAAGAACCCAGUUUAAAAGAGGAAAUUGAGUCGUCAGUCUCCAUCGAAAAUGCUUCUAAAUGUUUAGAAGAUGCUCCAGCUAAUGAAGUUGUUUCCAUCAGCAAUGAUAGCGUUCCAGCUGAUACCUUGCGCGGCUCGCCCACCACUGACGAACCCUCCCCGGAUUCUUGUUCCCUAGCUAAUGAACAAGAAAGCAGCAAAUUGACAAUAGCCGACAGAGAUGCUACCAACGAAAUCCUUGAGCCACAGGAUAUCGAAGUUCCCGAAGAAAUACAAGAAACAGCUAUUUAUCCAGCAGCUACCGAUUGUAUCGACUCGUUGGCGCUGAUCGUCGAUCGAGUGACGUCGCCGACAUCGAAAGGCCCAAUUUUGACUGUCCUGGAGAAACUUGGUGUUCGCACUAUCGGAGACUUCUGUGCAUUGUCUGAGACUGACAUCAAAGGACUUGAUUUUAAACUUCCUCAACACGAAACAAUCAAACAGUUUCUGGAGAGCCAUUUUGCACGAAAAUCUAUUGCAAGAACAGAUUCUCAAAUAUCUCAUGAAGAAGAAGGUGUCGACAUUGAAGCUAUUAGCCCAACAGAUACCGGAAACGUGGAAUCGGAACCAGUGGUUAACACAGAUGAAUUGGUCAAAUCGCUUGAGGAGCAAAAAGUCGAGGAAUCCAUUAAGACACCGGAUUCUUCUCCAAACGGUCAGAUCAUAGAUGACAGUCCUGAAAUGCUUUUCUCGAGCCACAUGAACAACAAUGAGAAAAACUCUUGCGCCCUAGUAAAUUCUGAGACUACGGAAGUUAGUGAUGAGAUUAUUAGCGAUCUCGGGGAAUCGCAUUCGUGUAGCGAAACCCCAACUUUACUCAAUACCAGUUCUGUUUCUCCGAAGACAAACCCGACCGCAGAUACUAUUGCAAUCUCCCGAAGCAGUGUUCAUGAGGCUGAUGAUCUACUUGGUCUUUCUGCCAAUGAAAUAGUCAACAUUAUCGAGCGCCACCCCUUGAAGGACGAGAUACUUUCGCUGAUCACUAGGAAAUAUGUGUCAUUAUCUUUUACUCUAAACGGAAAGGUAUUCCCCAUAUCGAAUAAUUUUUAAGUUAACUUGAUGUCACAUUUUAAACGAAAACGGAAAAUUCAUAAGCGGAAUUAAACCUCAAAAACAUUCGUUUGUUCAUUUUCCUUGUUUAUAGGUGUAAUACACGAUUUGUAAU